AUGGAUGGUGUCAGGCCAUCCCGCCCGGACAAGCCGUACCAGCGCACCUACAAGGCAUGCAUCCCUUGCCGGCAGCGCAAGGCCAAAUGCGACCUAGGAACCGAUUCAGACGGUCUUCCGAUCGGCCCACCAUGCGCGCGUUGCCGUAGAGAGCUGAGAGAGUGUGUAUUUCCCGAGAAACGGGCCUGGGAGAGGUCCCGCAAACGAGCUCGAUCACCUGGGAGCUAUGAGCCCGAUGAAUCACCCCGGCAUGUCCGACAGCUGACGGCAACUUCGCCGGAAGACUCGAUUCGUUCUCAGGGUCGCACUGACUACUCUCGUCGUGCGAGCGACUUGAGCAACCCUACGCCCGAGGCAAACAACUUCCAGCAAUCGCCCAAUCUACAAUCUGGGUGGUCAUAUCCAAAUGGAAUAUCGCCCCCAAAAAAUGGCGCUUUCACUCACAAUGGCGCUGUUGAACCUCUUCAGUCUAAUCAAAAUUUGUCUCAUCCACACGAAACCACCAAGCAUCGAUCAAACUCUUCGCUGUCCAGCUCUAUGAUGCGAACUGUUGUUGCUAGUGGGAAUGACGCAUUGAACAUUCUUUUCGAGGCAGCAACUGCCCAAGAGGAGAGUCACACUGAUGCCAGUCCUGAGUCAGGCAGCGGUGGUCAAUCGACAGGCCCGAGCCAACACCAAACUCCAGGAAAUUACGAUACUGCAUUCGAGCCAGUCACUCGAGUAAUUCGUCCAGUUCAGCUAUCUAGUGCUGCCCAGGAUACCCUCAAUGUAUGGGAGGCAUGUCGGUUCGUCAAAAUGGGCUGGUUCACUGCUAGCGAGGCUGUGACCCUUAUCGACCUGUUCUACAAAAACAUGUCUUGUUUAUCACCUAUUCUCACCGACUUUUACGCUAAUCAUCGCUAUCAUUAUUGGCUGAUCACCCGGGAGCCAGUCCUUUGCUGUACAAUUCUAAUGAUAUCGUCUCGCUAUCAUGUUCUUCCUGGCGCUGGGGGAGAGUCAAGGAAUUUCUUCAUCCACCACCGCCUCUGGCAACAUUGCCAACAACUCACAAUGAGGUUGAUCUUUGGGCAAGAGAAGUCCACCAAGUCGAAAGUGCGAAGUCUUGGUACCGUGGAAGCACUGCUUCUGAUCUCAGAGUGGCAUCCUCGCUCACUGCAUUUCCCGCCCGAAACCGAUGGCUGGGAUGACGAUCUAAUACCAUCAGCACCCAAGUAUCAUGAGAGCAGCGAGUCGAACUCAGCGCCAGCCGGCCGUUGGGUUGAAGACAUGAUCGAGCCAGCUCGACGAUCGGACCAAAUGUCUUGGAUGCUGCUGGGAUGUGCACUAUCUCUCGCCCACGAGUUGGGAAUAUUCGAAACAGAGGAGAGCAGCUCGCCAGCGGAAGAGCCAGAAUGGAGAGAUCAGAUGACUCUCCGUUGGCAGCGUGUACAGCGUCUUCUAUACGUGUACAUCAACCAACUAGCCUGGCGAAUUGGAUGCAUGUCGCCUAUUCCCCAGUCAUUGAACCAUGCUAUUCUUGGUGGGCGAAAGCCACAAGGGCUCAGCCCGCCUGGGAGCACGUGGCUCACAUUCAUGGACUCGUGGAUUGAGCUAACCAAGCUCGCCAAGUCCGUGACUGACAUGUUCUUCCCUUCUGCCGCAUUCGCACGCCAGCAACUGCACAGUGGUCGCUAUGUGGGCCUACUGGAACAUUUCCGACCGCUACUCGAUCAAUGGAAAGACAAGUACCUUCAACCCCAGGUACUUGAUAAGGCAUUUUUCAAUGAUCUUUUUAUUGAAUACCACUUUGUUCGCGUGUACACCCACUCAGUGGGGAUGCAGGCCGUUGUAGAACGUGCAGUGGCAGAGAAUGAUACCAACAACUUCGAGGAGGUACGACCGAUGACCAUCAACCCAACAGACUAUGAAUACAUUCAAGAAGUGAUCGACGGAUGUUGUCAAAUAUUGCAAAAGGUGACCCACCUGGCGGACGCAGACGCGUUGCGAUUUUCACCAGUUCGCAUCGUGCUUCGCAUCACGAGUGCAUCGAUCUUCUUGAUGAAGGCCCUCAGUCUAGGUACCCGGCAAGCAAAACUCCAUGACUCACUUGAGAUCCUAGAAAAAAGCAUCAAGGCACUCAAAUCCAAUGCACUGGAUGAUGUCCACCUCAGCACCCGCUAUGCCACCUUGCUGGAUAUGCAUGUCUCGCGACUGCGCCGGAACCUGCUUGCUUCUUCCAGAACUGUCAAGAAUAGCCGGGGCGCUACGCGCACAUCUUCAAUGGGACCGCCGCACUGGCCGGACUCUGGGAAUCGCUCGCAUGCCAUGAACACCCCGGUAUCACAGGACCUCACGCCAGACCUGGGGCUCAUUCCAUCCCUAAACGAGAUCAGUUCAGAUGACUGGCUUUCUCUGCCUUUUGAUCCAUCCAUGGCCCCCUUUGGGAUGAGCAACAGUGGCCAGUUCCCCAUGUAUGAGGGUGGCGCUUUAGAUUUCAUCUGGAACCUGCCAUCAUGA